CAUUUCAGCAGUAUUGAUACAAACACCGCGACGAGAACGUCAGGAGCUAAAACGAUCAGCCCAAUUGAUCAGAUCAACGAUUCGAACGCCGGUUCAGUACGAAGUUGAAAAAUUUUUUCAAACUCUUUUGAUUCUCAUCACCGAAAAUCGUUCGCGAUGUUCAAGCUCUUGAUCGUACUAUCCGCCGGUCUGUUGGCCGUCACCUUCGCGGCACCCGCCUCUCAACAAGAGAGCGCAGCUUCCGAUCCUACCGGAUCGAUUAUCGGUGAUGCCCUACAAGUGUACUCGUCUUGUGCCGAUCAGGACUUAUCGGUGUGCUUGAAACUAAAAGCACUAAGAUUCGUCGAUCGCGCCGCAAGAUCAGCUGACCUCGUUAUCGGCGACGGUCUUCGGAUCGUCCAAACCGACGAAGCCAAGGCCGAAAGCCGCGCCAAUUCCGGUCGAUCAUUGAGCGACAUCGAAGCGAGUCUCCCUCAGGAAGCCGAAGCCAAGGAAGCCGCCAUCGACGAAGCUCUUCUCGAACGUGCUGGAAAAUUCCUCGCCGGUCACACCGUCGAACUAUCCGUCCCCGAAGAAGUUUCCCGCUCAUUCGACGAGGCUCGUGGUAAGAAAAAGAAGAUCGUGAAAUCGCUCUUGCCGAUCCUCCUUCUCCUGAAAUUGAAGGCUGCCGCCCUGAUCCCAAUCGCACUCGGUGCUCUCGCCCUGUUGGCGUUCAAGGCCCUGAUUAUCAGCAAGAUCGCUCUGGUUAUCAGCGGAAUAAUCGCAUUGAAAAAAUUAUUGAGCGGCAAACAAAGCAGCUACGAAGUUGUGGCUCACCCGGUCCACUCCUACGAAGAUUCCCACGACCAUCACGGCUGGGCCAGGUCAGCCGGUUCCGACCUCGCCUACAACGCGUACAAGCCAUCAAACUAAUCGAUCAAAAUUUUGAAAAAAAAAAACAAAAACAAAGAGAGAAAAAACAAUUUUCUAAUUCAAAUUCUUCUUCACAACUUCGUCAACGGGAGCUUAAGAGAAAGAGAGAAAAAAUGCCCAACGAUAAAGUAAUCAUUUAAUAUCUCCGCUGUUAUUACGAGUCUAAAAAGACGAGAUUAAUAGUGGAAAAGAAAGUUGCGAACAUCAUUAAAUUAUCCAACAUGGGACUAACCAACGUUAUGAUACACAUGCGCUAUUUUGACGACCCGGGACGACCAGAACACAUUUCAACGACGAAUACGAGACUGUUACGAAUGACGUCAAAAACGAAAAAAAUGAAAAAAAAUAAUAAUACGACUGAACUGACGGUUACAUCUCAGAGACAAUAAUUUACUUUCAUCGGACAAUUUUUACAAUCGCUGCACCAUAAUAACUCGUACAAACUAAAUAGAUUUCUCGAGGCAUUUUUUUUUUUUACAAAGACUAUACGAAAAUUCGUCGUUUCGACGGAUUUGUUUCAUACAUCCCUAUUUUUAGGGACUUGCAGUAAAAAUAGAGGAAACAAAAAUGAACAAAAAAAAAUAAAUAAAUAAAACACGGGUAAAUCUUAGAUUUCGAAAAGAUAAUCUUUAGCAAAUAACUUGAACGCGACAAAAAUUGUACGUAAAACGUUAUUUAAUAGACAAUCCGUACAGACAAUCGCGAGAAGCUACACCAAAAACUGAAAGAAACAAAAAACAAAAAAAAAAAAGGAAGAGAUAAAAGAAACAAAAAAUGAUGGACGUACAACACGUGACGCUCAAUAUACUCAAAAAAUGACGGUAUUAAAAUAGAAAAAAAGCGAAUCUUAGAUAUUAGAUUAAGUAUUAAAUAGAGAAAAAAAAAAAAAAAA